AGCGUCUGUGUGCCUGGUGGAGGAUAGCGCUAGAGGACUGGCGCUUGACGCGCUUCGCGCUUCUUUUUUUCUUGGGGACAGAUAAGACGUAUAUUUAGGUAGUAGGACAGCCAACUUCUUCUGGCCGGUCCUCCUCUCUGCAUCCCUCCGUUGCUCGACAAAAGGCAAGCAUGACUGCCAGUGAUGUAGCCUUCUUGCUCGCCAUUGCUGCUGCUCUGCUAUAUGCGGCUUCGCAAUCACCGCUCACGAGCCGCUACCUCUCGUGGUCGAAGACGCACAUCGCUCAGCCGGUGACGCAGGAGAAGGCAUACACACCAUGGCCUGCCCCAGAAGCUGAACCCUCGUUCGAUGUGGGCAAGGCUGUGGAGCCGAAGUUCCGCCCCUUUCGAUGGGGAGACUUCCGCCUCAGCAUGGGAAUCAAGCCGCUCGAUCCACUGAAAUGGCUCGAGCUGCACACCUCGUACCCGUCCUAUGCCCGCCUCCGUGCUGCUCGCCACGAGACGUACGGCUCCCGGUGCGUGCAGACGCUUCCCAGGCCCGACGACGGCAACAAGUUCGCUGCACUCGAAGUGGCCCGCGCUAUCGCUGCUUAUCUCGCCGCUCGAUACCCAUCGCUGUUCGAAGUAGAGCCCGCAGGAAGCGAACGGGCACAGGACGACGGCUGGAGCGUGAGAAGGGUCCGACGAAAGGCCAUGCCGUCUUACGGUCUGGCAGAGAAGACCUGGACAUUGAACGAUCUCUACGAGGGAGGCGAUGAUCCAAUGCGGGUCGCUGGCGAGCUCGUGCCGGACGACCUGGCGAUCUUGAAAGAGGAAGAUCUGACCGAAGACGAACGAAGGGGGUAUCCCUGUGGGAUUGAAAAGGCGCCAAAGAGGGCUCACAGGCUCGUUGCUGGCAGCAUCUGCACGGCCGGCUUCUGGAGGCUCGACGACAAGAUCGGUCUCUGUCUCCGAGAGAUCCACACCAGGGGCAAAGUACCCCACUUUGAUGAGAAGCUGUUGAACCCCCUCGAUCGCUUCUUCUCCAAACUCACGCCCGGCAAGCCCGUAGAGAGAAUCGACAACUUCUUCUUCCAAAUCAUCCGUGACUCUCAAAAGGGCGCCAUUGAACAGAUGGCAGACGGAAGCCUUGUGCCGGACAUUUUGAAUCCCGACGCAGGCCUCCACGAGUCCAUCUCGGGUCAGAGAGGAGGCGAAGGGCCUCGCGAGGUGCUUGACGCAACGCAGCUCUCUUGGAAUUGGACCAUCAAUGGCCCAGAGACGACCUUUGACCAGGUCACAAAGGGACCCAAGGAAGGCUCGGGGGUGAAGCCAGAAUCGCAGGCAGCAGAGAAUCCGGGCUGCGUCGUCAUGAGGGCUGAGAGGCAGACGUUGCGACGGAUGCCCCGCAGCGGCGCCAUCCUGUUCACCAUCCGCACAUAUCUCACACCCGUCGAACAAAUGGCAAACGAGCCAGGCGUGCCGGGCCGAUUGGCCCAUGCCAUGCGGGCCUGGCCUGCCGAGGUCGCGCGCUCCAAGGGCGGUGACCUCUAUCUGCCCGUUGUACUUCCUUACCUCGAUGCCAAGCACCAGUCCCAGCUCGAGAGCGGCGUCAUCAAAGACGAAGAGACUGAAAUGCAACGUAGCAGGACGUCGUUCCCCAUGUAGUUAUUCCUCGUACUCUC